GCCUGGAUUAUCAUACAAACAACAACAUCUUCAGGCCAUGGCGCAGCAAGAGAUCAUACACGCGUAUCGACAUCUCUAUCGGCACUCCCUCCGCGCCAUAUUAUACUCAAAACCAGCGAGAUACACUCUUCGAUCACGCAUCCGCCUCGCGUUCCGCAAAAGCCCUCCUGAAGCGUACGACCCUCAAAGGGUUGCCAACACCAUCGAAUUCCUGCAGUACGCUGCACGCGAAAAUGGUCUAGAACACAAGAUAGUGAAGAAUCUCCUUCUUGUAUGGUGGAACCAAGAUCUCGGUGGAUACAACAGGGCAGCUCGCAAUACAACCAGAAUUUCGAAUGAAGGGACGGAAAUCAAAACGACGGCAUAUGACACAUUCAACCAUAGUAUUAUGAUGUUAAAUGAGAGUAUGGGCAUGUGUCUGCCACACAUGACUACUCGAGAUCCGAUUUGAAAUGCCUGAACAAGACACCCUAAUCAAAGAGUCUGUUCUGCUAGAAAUAAUAAGGUGGCCCUAUUCAACAAAGAUGGCUUGCAGGGCCUGCAAGUGCUGCUUGAUAACAUCAACCAGCCGCUAACUCUUCAUAAUCAUCAGGCCUAGGCCUCCUAUGGGGUGAACGAAGGUCCUAAGCAUGGGGCCGGUCUAACGUCGCCUUCGCAUUACAUGAAAUCAUCGAGGAAAUCUUCGUCCCGAUCUUGAUUACUGGAUUGCGCGACAUUGUCCUCGGCCAUCAGAUCAUCAUACAUAUGAUCCCUUUGCCAGGCCUUUUCUUUGCGCUCUUUAGCGACGCGAGCUUCUUCCUUGCGC